GUUAGAUGACAGAAGCUGAGCUCACCGCUAGUAUGGUUUGUUUCGGCGAUGGUAUGUGAGAGUCGAACUACGAUGUGCUUCUCUGCAGGGGGAUCAGCAUGAGUGAGGAAGAGGAGCAGCAGCAGGCGAAGACUUCUGAGGAAGAGGAAGAGGAGGAGGAUGAGGAGCCCAAGAUCUGCCAGGUGUGUGGAGACCAGGCCAACGGGUACCACUUCAACGCCAUGACCUGCGAAGGAUGCAAGGGCUUCUUCAGGAGGGCGAUGAAGAGGCCGGAGAGCUUCAAGUGUCCCUUCCAGAGGAACUGCGUCAUCACCAAGAGCAACCGGCGGCAGUGCCAGGCCUGUCGCCUGCAGAAGUGCCUCUCCAUCGGCAUGAGGAGGGAGAUGAUCAUGUCUGACGAGGCGGUGGAGGAGCGGCGUUGGAAGAUCAAGCGUCGGCGUCUAUUGGCAGAACCCCUGCUGCUCUCCACCAAUCAGGAGCUGCUCAUCCAGGAGCUCGUCAAGGCCCACGACCAGACCUUCGACAAGACCUGCUCGCACUUCGCACAGUUCCGCCCACUAGAUCGAUGGUUAAAGUCCAAAUCGGACAACAGUCGAUGGAAGCAGGGUCCAACACAGCCUGGAGUCAAAGUGUGGAGCCUGUAUGAUGAAGGAGACCCAGGCUCCUCUUCCUCCUCCUCCUCCUCCACCACCUCUAUGGGGGGAGAGAAUGGCAGUCAGAUGACCAGGGGCCAAGGUGGCAAAGGCACGGUCUUCACCUCGCUGUCGCACAUUGAUGACCUCAGCACCUACAUGAUACAGACGGUCAUCAACUACUCCAAGCUCAUCUCUGCCUUUAGGGACCUGACGAUUGAGGACCAGAUCUCUCUCCUGAAGGGUGGCACCUUUGAGAUUGUGAUGAUCCGCUUAAACAUGCUCUUCAACGACAAGACAGGUGUUUGGGAGUGCGGAUCACUACACUAUGACAUUGGGGACGCCUUCAGAGCGGGAUUCCAGACCCACCUGUUAGACCCAGUGAUGAGGUGCCACUACACGCUGCGGCGACUUCACCUGCACGAUGUGGAGUAUGUGCUCAUGCAGGCCAUAGCCCUAUUCUCACCUGAUCGUCCGGGGGUGACGAACCGUGACGUCAUCAGCCACCACCAGGAGACUCUGGCCAUCACCCUUCUGACAUACAUCGAGUCCAAGAGGAACGAGGAAGACAAGCACCUGCUGUUCCCCAAGAUCAUGGCGUGCUUGACGGAGAUGCGGACGAUGAACGAGGAGUACAGCAAGCAGGUGCUGCAGAUCCAGGACAUCCAGCCGGAGGUCUCGCCCCUCAUCCUGGAGGUCAUCAGCCAGGACAGCUAGCCUCGGCCCCCUAGCCUGAUUAUCAUCGACUUUCAAAUCUCCUCGAGACUUGGUCUGACCAAGAGCAUAACAAUGAACAUUUCCCAAACAGCAUUUCCCAAAUGGC